GUAAAGAGUAGAGAUGCAGUGGAGUAGAGGUAGAAAGUGCAGUGCAUGAUGAAACUGCAUGUCCUGUCCUAUUUCCACACAGUUAACCUUCAGUUGCCAAAGUAACCACUGUGCUGAGGUGAUUUUGUAAUUGUUUUAACAGUUCAGGAUAAACAGACGUCAGUGUGGUGGGAUAGAGCGCCCUCUAGUUGUGGAUUGUACGAACAUGUGUCAAGAUAUUUCACCCUGGAUCUAUAACACACACUCUAGUCUGUCUGCAGCCCUGUCUGCAAACCUGCAAUCAUGAGUCGAAGUAUUUGAAAUUCUUUACUUGUGUAAAAGUAGCAAUGCAACAAUGUAAAGAUACUCCACUAAAAGUGUAAGUACUGUAUUCAAAAUUGUAUUUAAAUUUAGAAAAUAUUCCAAACAAGUUAAAUUGGUUGUAAUAUCCUCGCUGGCAGAUAGUAAAUAAGACUCAUAUCUUUUAAAAUGAAAAAUCAACCUGCAGAGUAGCUGUAACUGAAAGAUAAAUGUAGUGAAGUAAAAAGUGAAGUGGAAGUAUAAAGGAGCUUAAAAUGGAGGUACUCAAGUCAAGCACAGUUACCUCAGAACUGUACUUAAUACUUGACUAAAUGUACUUAGUCACAGUCCACCCCCAGAAUAAUAAUACUAUUUCAUACAGACUGUUGUUGUCUGUGGUAUCAAGUAUUGGCCUUAUCUUGCACUUUUGAUAGCCAGAGGUGGAAUGUAACUAAGUAGAUUUACUCUAUUUAAUUUGAAGUACUUCAUUUUUCAAAUUCCCCUGUAUUUUACCCCACCACAUUUAUUUGACAGCUAUAGUUACACUUUUUGUGCAAUAUUCUUCAUAUGAAACACAGGAUCAGUCUCUGAAGCACAAGGUUCGUCUUCAUUUCACAGUGGAACAGAAUCCUUAAAGAUUUUAUUAUAAAAAGUACCAGUGUUGUAGGAACACUUCAACCUGUUUCAUGACACAAACACGUAUGUGUAGUUGAUUUCUAAACCUGACUGACUACAGAUGUAUGAGUGUGCUGUAAAAUAAGGUUUUAAGUCUUUUAGUCAUUCUAAGAGUGAGGUUUUGCAGAUUCAACUGCCCAAUGCUCUAUGAUAAAGAAGUAAAUAUUUACUAUACCUCAAGCAACUACAAACAAUGUCAUUUAUAUGUAUGAAUCAGUGAUAAUAAUCCAAUAAUAUAGUAUUUAAGUAGUCAUUAUAUAUCACUGUGAAAGAGCUGUUUGACACAAUGAGUACUGUUACUUUUGUUACUCUAAGUACAUUUUGCUGACAUUUUACUUGUUUUACACUGUAUUUUUACGGUGUGUUUUACAGUACUUUUCCACUACUGUUGAUAUCUAAGCAGUUUACAUAAUGCAGGAGUGACAGAGGACUCAGUCCAAGUUGUUUUGGGUGUGUGUGUCUGCAGGUUGAAGCCCGAAUGUGACAGUGAUGGAGAUCUCUACUGCAGUGAAAAUCUUGGCUCCAGGAUCUGGCAUUCACAGAUGUGAGUGUUUCCUUCCCUUAAUCAGACCCACCGGUUGUGUGUCAGGUCACGUCUCGGUGCUGCUGUUCCCGUGACCGCCCCGGUGAAUGCGGUAAAAAAAAAAAAAAAAAGACAAAGAAACAGAAAACAAAAAACCAAAUCACGCCCUUUGUCGUAAUUCUCCCAAAUCUCUGCAAGACCCCCACAAUCAAAACAAAUCGACCACGCGUGCUUUUCCCGCAGCAAUGACGUCACGUAGCCCCUCCCCUUUCCCCUUCAAGUAAACAGAAAACAUUGAAGAAAACGCUCGUGUCAGUCGUCGUACGUGCGUUCGAUGCGGGAAAAUAUGCCGCGUGAGGCGACCGCGGACGUGUAUUCGGCGUUUCCCGAGUGUUUUUCAACAAACUUGUGAGAUCUUGGAGGUUGGGGGGGGGGCAGCUGACUUGCGCUGGAGCGAUGAAGGGAGAGGCGGAAGUGAAGUCACUUGACAGACCGUCCAUGUUAUUAUUGUUAUUUUGGUAGCCCUGCGAUGAGACGGACUGGGGAGCCGCUGGUCUCCGAGACGACGACCGUGAACGUUACCGCAGGCCGCCCCGGGACCGACACCACCCUCUUCAGCACCACUGGCACCGCCACCACCGCCGCCUCGCUGACCCGGAGAAAGGAGCCUCGCUGACGGCUGGAGGGGGGGGGGGGAGGACGAGGAGGAGGAGGAGGAGGAGGAGGGAGGGAGGGUGUGAGGACCCAGCUCCAGCUCGGCUCCUACACUCCGACCGACCAAAAAUAAAACGGCGACAAAAACAAUAACGGCGUUCGUCAAACAGCUCGGCUGGUGUCUGCGCGGUUUGUAGCAGGGACGUGCCGCCGCAGACAUGAACGGUAUCACCAAGGGCCGGUUCGAGGUGUUCUCAAACAGCGAUGAAGCCCCCAUUAACAAGAAGCUCCCCAAAGAGCUUCUUCUUAGAAUAUUCUCCUAUCUAGAUGUGGUUACACUCUGUAGAUGUGCCCAAGUAUCCAAGGCCUGGAAUGUCCUGGCCCUGGAUGGCAGCAACUGGCAGAAGAUCGACUUGUUCAACUUCCAGACCGACAUAGAGGGGCGGGUGGUGGAGAACAUUUCGAAGCGUUGUGGAGGUUUCCUGAGGCAGCUGAGCCUCAGGGGUUGCCUGAGCGUGGGAGAUGCCUCCAUGAAGACGUUUGCACAGAACUGCAGAAACAUCGAAGUGUUAAACCUGAACGGCUGCACCAAGAUCACAGACAGCACCUGCCUCAGCCUCAGCAAGUUUUGCUCCAAACUCAAGCACCUAGAUCUCACCUCCUGUGUGUCCAUCAGCAACCACUCCCUCAAGGCUCUCAGUGAUGGCUGCAGAAUGCUGGAGAUGUUGAACUUGUCGUGGUGUGACCAGAUCACACGGGACGGCAUUGAGGCUCUGGCUAGAGGCUGCAUCGGUUUACGAGCACUGUUCCUCAGAGGCUGCACACAGCUGGAAGAUGGAGCAUUGAAACACCUUCAGAAACACUGCCCAGAACUCACCACCAUCAAUAUGCAGUCUUGCACACAAAUAACAGAUGAAGGGCUGGUCAGUCUGUGCCGAGGAUGCCACAAGCUACAGAUCCUCUGCGUGUCUGGCUGCAGCAACAUCACGGAUGCCUCCCUCACUGCACUGGGACUCAACUGUCCCCGACUCAAGAUUCUUGAAGCUGCACGAUGCUCCCAUGUAACAGACGCUGGGUUCACUGUGCUGGCCAGGAAUUGUCAUGAGCUUGAAAAAAUGGACUUAGAAGAAUGUAUUUUGGUGACAGAUAACACCCUGGUUCAGCUGUCUAUCCACUGCCCUCGUCUGCAAGCACUGUCCCUGUCCCACUGCGAGCUGAUCACAGAUGAUGGCAUCAGAGCUCUGAGCAGCAGCACCUGUGGCCAAGAGCGCCUCACUGUGGUGGAGCUGGACAACUGCCCCCUCAUCACUGACGUUACCCUGGAGCACCUGAAGAGCUGCCAUCGUCUGGAGCGUAUCGAGCUCUACGACUGUCAGCAAGUCACCAGGGCUGGCAUCAAACGCAUCCGGGCCCACCUUCCAGAGAUCAAAGUCCACGCCUACUUUGCCCCAGUGACACCCCCUCCCUCUGUACAUGGAGGUGGCCAGCGUCUGUGCCGCUGCUGCAUCAUCCUCUGACAGUGGAGGGCCAGGGGGGGCCACCUCUGUCUACAGGUCCUGCUGCUCUAAUAUGGGCUGAAAUGGGGUUCGUUGGGGGGGGGGGACUGGGGUAGGUGUAGGGGAGAGGAGGGGCUGGACCCACUCACUGCUCCUGAUCACUGAUCAAUACAUAGACUGAUUGCCACUGGUCCCUGAUCAGUUGAACCUGCCCCUCCUCUCUCCUCUUGCUCACCAAUCAGCUUUGCAGCAGCCCCAGGUUUUGGUGUGACGGGAGUCCGGGGGAAGGAGCAUGAAUGGAUGGAUGGACUCUCUCUCUUUCUCUCUUUCUCUCUCUCUCUGUCUCUCACUGUAAGGACAAAAACAGGUUCUCCACUCCAUCCUGCUUCUCACACCCCUGACUCUCCACCUGCGGGUGUAGAGGACAGUAUCUGGACAGCUGGAGAUGGGAGGUCUGAACAGUGGAACUACAAUGCAUCAUGUUCAAACUAAAAAAAAAAAAAAAGAAAAAAAGAAAAAUGACGAUACUGUCAUCUUGGACAACAGUUCGCUCUCUGUGGAGUAUCAUCUCAACCAAUCACAUGACACCUCUAUGUGACCAUUCUGUGAUUCAUUCUGCUUUGACCAAUAAACACGCAGCAUGGAGGGAGAGGAGUGCUGGGUUGUAGGAAAUGCAGAUCCUCUGGCUAUAAACAGUGAUGCUUUGGCACAGCCAGCUCAACUCUCUAGUGGAAGAGUUGGGAAGAAACAGGAAGUACAGACUGGGACAUGUGACAUAUUUGUGCAUCUGAGAAACUUCUGAUGAGAUUUUGAUUCUGUUUGUACAGAGAAUGUUUUGCAAAUGAAAAAAAAAAGAAUUACACUUAUGGCAACUCACUCAAAAUUGGGUAGGCCAACAAAAUAUUGUUUCAUUUUCUUUUUUUCAGUGCUUAUUGUAAUUGUCCAUGCCUGUCUAUCCAGAGAGGGGGAUAUGUUUGUCAUUCUUUUUGAGGUGGAAAAGAAGAAACUGGACCUAUGAUUCAGACCCUCAGUGUCUAAAAGCAUUAUGUUGACUCUGUAUGCCGCUGGGAUGAGUGGCCUCUCCUGUGUACUGCGUGGUUAUGUUGGCUCAUAGACCCUGAUCCAAUCCUGUCAGUAGCCCUGGGCACUAGCUCCUACUUGACCUCUUAAGCAUUUGUUUACAUCCUGGAUAAGGUUAGCACCAGAGACAAACUUGUUUACAACAGUAGGUUUCCAGUCUCCCUACUACCCAGAGUCAGUUUAAUAACACUGAUACAACUAUGGUAUACCCACUGUUUUUAAGUGGACUGUGCAGUCUGUUAUUCAAAUGUAUUGCUGUGGGUGUUUGGAUUUCAAUCAGGGCUAAUACUGGUGCAACUUUGUUUGAAAAUGAAAUGGGAAUUUGCGUAAAUCUGAGAUGAUAGAAUGUGAGCAAAGGCACCUCAACCUUUUGACAAUCACAUGAAUUACGUAUUUGAAAGUUAUUUUAGUAUAGUUUUGUGUAAUUGGCAGUUUAUUGAUGAUGUAGGAUAUAAAGAAUAGUCUAUAUUCAAUAUACUUCACCUGCUUAAUGCCCCAAAUAGCACAUGAGCAAUUAUUUAGAUCCAGUAUUUGACAUAGGUUCAGUGAGAUCUGUGUAUUUAAUUGGGCUGUGACAAAUUCCCUCUCAUCCAACCUCAGAGCCAACAGUUUAUUUUACUCUAUACAGACACUCCCUCAGAUCUACAGGAUCUCAGCAUUAUCUGUUUUGCCAUGCAGAGUGGGCUAACACGUGUAUGGGGCAUGAAAUAACCACCACUGGAAGCCCUGAAAAUACAACAAAACAGGAGCAGCUCGCAAUAUUGCUCUAGAGACUGGCAAGUGCUGUGUAGUGCCAAGUGCUUCAAAGACUGGGGAGAUUGGCAGGACUAUGGAUAGGACUGAAACAAAGGAAAGCAGACAGGAAGAUGAAGAUAGGACUCAGAUACAUAGCUGACUUGACUGGCUGUGAUACUAAUGCCCUCUCUUUGACAGCUGUUUUAACAGUUUUAUGUUUAAGAAAAUAAAGAAGUAAAUGAAAAAAAAUAAACAAAUGAAUAAAUAAAAGUGACUAAUAGUAAAUGUG